AUGAAAUUCUCAUUUUCUUACCUCCACUCACAAAAUUCUCACUUUCUUUUUUAUUACCUCCACUCACAAAAUUUUCAUUUUCUUUUUUCUUACCUCCGCUCACAAAAUUUCAUUUUCUUACCUCCACUUUUUCUUUUUUAUUACCUCCACUCACAAAAUUCUUUAUCUCAUUGUCUUUUUUCGCCUUCCACAAAUUUCUUUCAAUUUGGCAUAUCUUCUGUCACAUGUUUCUCAGCUUCUCUUUUUCUCUCUUCCUCUUUUAGACUUUCUUCUGAGAAACAUACAGGUAUGUCUAUAUGGAUUCAUAUCUAUCUAUAUAUCUAUCUAUCUAUCUAUCUAUCUAUCUAUCUAUCUAUCUAUCUAAAAUCAUAUCUAUCUACCUAUCUAUCUAGCAAAGUCAAUAUGGACUCAUAUCUAUCUAUCUAUCUAUCUAUCUAUCUAUCUUAUUAUAUUCAUAUCUAUCUAUCUAGUUAUAUCUAUAUGAAAUCAUAUCUAUCUACCUAUCUAUCUAAUUAUGUGUAUAUGGAUUCAUAUCUAUCUAUCUAUCUAUCUAUACCUGUUCAUAUUUAUCUAUCUAAAUUUCUUCAUAUCUAUCAAUUCUGUUGUAAUCUAAGUUUGUCUAUGUCUAUUCAUAUCUAUCUAUCUAUCUAUCUAUCUACCUAUCUAUCUAUCUAUCUAUCGUAA